AUCGCCUCUCCUCUCCUCUCACCACCCAACCCUCUCUCCCUCCCUCUCUGCUCUCCCUCCUGUGUCUCCCUCUCCCCGUGUCUCUCACUCCUGCGCAUGAAUUGUUACCGAACGCAUCUCGUCUUCACGCAAACCAGCUUCGUACUCCCCGACUGCAUGUGCCAUUGUGCUGCUCCCUGACUGGACACCACCCAUCGCACGGCCAUGGACUUCGUCAUGAAACAAGCCCUGGGAGGCGCCACGAAGGACGUGGGGAAGAUGCUCGGAGGAGACCAGGCGGAGAAGGACCCCGAAGCGCAGAAGAAGGAGGAGGAUCGGAGGGAGGCGCUGCGGCAGCAGGAGGAGGAGCGCAAGCAGAAGCAUGCCAAGAUGGAGGCGGAGCGGGAGCGCGUGCGGCAGAACGUGCGGGACAAGUACGGCCUCAAGCGGCGCGAGGAGCGGGAGGCCGAGGCCAAAGCGGCGAUGGAGGCCGCGUGCAGCGGGGGAGGCGGCGGCGGCGGCGGCGGUGGCGGCGUUUCCGGCGGUGUGGCCGGAUCCGAGGGCAGCCUCACCCGCCCCAAGCGGGCCAUCCCUCCCGGAGACGAACAGAAGGCGCAGAGAGGUUCCAAGUUGGGUGGAGGAGGGAUCCAUCAGGCAAAAGGGAGUGGCAGUGCUUACGUUAAAAAGUAUUCGUAGAGAGAGUUGGAGAUGAUACGGCGCACGCAACCGCACUGCAUGCCAACGGCGCACGAUGUGAUUCUUGCAUGAUGCACAUUGCACAGGGUGUCCGCAGAAGUAUUGCGUGUCGCUCCGUUCAUCAUCAUAAUCAUCAACAUCAUCACCAUCAACAUCAUCACCAUCAACAUCAUCGACGUCGUCGCCGCCGCCGUCAUCAUGCACGGCCCCUUUGGCAAUCCACUGCUGGAUGAAGGCCUGUCUAAUGCCGUGACGGUCCAAACAUUUUAAAUAGCAAAAAUACGCAAAUUCCACAUUUAAAAACUGUAAUGAUUCCGAUUUAAAGCUUUCGUGACUGCAGGGAUUCAUCUUCUUGGUUCUUUCGGUAAAGUCACGU